AUGGACAGUGAGAAGUACUGUCAGAUUCUGGAACGAUGUUACAUUCCGUUCAACAACAACAUCUAUCAUGGACAAUGCUCCUGCUCACAAAAGCGUGUACACAAGUGCACGUCCAGAAAUGUGAAGGUUAGGCUGCUUGAUUGGCCACCAGAGUCCCCCGAUCUGAACCCAAUCGAACUUGUUUGGGGCAACAUGAAGGAUUUCAUUAGAGAGCAGCCAUGGCUUUCUGGAAAACGCUCACUCCAGCAGUGUGUGCUAAAUAUGUAUAAGGAGUAG